AUGGGGGCCCCGGAAGUCAGACAGACUAUCCAAGCGCCUUCCCCCCGGGGAGGCGCUUUCUGUCCAGCCGUCUGGAGGGGCGCCAAGCCGGCGACAAAGGAGGCGCGGGGUGGGGGUUCAGGGCUCCGCUUGGAAGCCGGCUCAACUCCCCGUCUCGCUGGAGGGGGUCCGGACGGGGCCCGGGAGGCCACGCUGUCCCCCUCCACGCGAUGGCGACUCCAGCCAAGCACGUGUCCACAUACGUCCAGCAGGGCCCCACGUGUGUCCCCCCUACGGCUGGGCUUCUGCUCCUUGGCCACCGGCCCCCGUAACUACCCCGCGGGGACACGUGUGCGCGGGGAGCGCGCCCGGCACCGCCGGGGCCGAGCACGGCCUCCCACACUCCAGCGGCAGCGGGUCGCAGCAUCCGCCGGCGCGGGCCCGCAGGAGUCGCCUCGUUCGGGCAGAUGUCACCUCCCACAGCCGUCGUGGUGCCCCUCGCCCCCGCAGUCGCGCUGCACUCGGGUGGGCGCCGCCGAUGGGAGCCGCCCCGCGGGCACUCACCGCGCGCUCUGCCGCCGCCGCCGCCGCUCUCGCCUCCCCGCCGCGCCGCGCGCCCGGCUUCACCUAAGCGCGGGGGCGCGUCCGCUCGGCGCCGCGCGCGCUCCGCCCCCGGUCCUCGGUCCGCUGCGGCCUCCGGCUCCCUCUCCUGGCCGCCGCGGGCACUGCGCCCGGCGGGCCACAGCCCAGUGCCAAGCCCUCACCCUAGGUCCCCAAGGGUCUUCCCUGCGUGUCCGGCCUCGCGCCCGUGCAUGGGCCAGGGACCAGGGACUACUCCCGUCGGGCCAGCGGAUGGCGAGCUGGGGCCCCCUCUCUCCCCGAGACCAGGACCAAGAGGAGGCGCUGGGCCGGGGACCCUCGCAGCAGGGGCCAGGCCUCUGA